AUGGCGAAGGGAGGUGGAGGCCAGCGCGAGGGUAGCGCCCUGAAGACGGUGGUGAUCGUCGCCGGGGGGCUCGUGCUCGCAUGGGUCACCGUGGAGACCGCCUUCAGGCCCUUCAUGGACCGCCUCCGCGCCGCCGUCUCCCGCUCCACCGACACCGCCCGCGACCCCGACCAGGAGGAGGCCCCUGCGCCUGCCGCUGCGUCCGAGGCGGAGGAGGAGAAGGCGCCCGCACCAGCGGAGCCGUCCGCGCCGCCGGCCCCGGCCGAGGUGGAGGAGAAGGUCGAGGAGAAGGUGGACGAGUUGGAGGAGAAGGUGGAGGAGGCCGCCGCCGCCGCCGCCGACACAAGGCCGAGUGAAGGGGAUGGCGACAUGAUGACCUGUCUGUUUGCUCUUCUGAAUAGUAUGCUGUUGGUCCUGUGA